AAAACUUAUAAUAAACUCGUUAAUUGUUGAAAUAAAUUAUCAACAAAAAUGAUAAUAUUAAAAGUAUUUAUUCUUAUUGGAUUUUUUUAUUUGGUUAAAUCAAAAACCACUUUUAUGUCUAACUUACCUUUGGGAGAAUACCGUACGGUGUAUGAAAGAAUAUAUUAUUGUCAAUCGACAAAUACAUUCCAAUCUAAUCUCUAUUUUAAUAAAAGAACAUCAAAUAUAACUGAAAUGAAAGGAAAUUUCUCAUUUUCGAAACCUUUGGACGAUAGUUAUUCAAUUGAUAUAAACGCUGAAUCUUGGAGUUUAACUGGUGGUUGGAAGCCAAAUUCAAUGGUUUAUUUAUCGAAGAAUGCAUGUAGUAGUUUGAAAAUGUUCUUUGGAAAAGCGGGGUAUUCAAUGUACAAAUCGUUUAAAUUUCCUAAGUAUAGCUGUCCAAUCCCUGCGGGCACAUAUAUUUCAUCAGGAAUUGAUUUGAAAGAAAUUGAAGACCAUAACUUUCCAAAAGUGUACUUUUAUGGAAGAUAUAAAGUGAUAUUUAAGAUAAAAGAUAUAGAAAGUAAUAUACUUGGUUGCGGCGUUAUAGAAUUGAGUCUUAUACGACCAUGGGAAAUACCGAUUUGAGUAAAUUUUACAACAUUUUUAUAAUUAUAAUGAUUUUACCUAAGUUUUUUAUUUUAUUUCUUGAAAAUAU